GAAUACAUAAUCCGUGUUCAGAGAGGAGUUUCAGCGGAAAACAGUUGGCAGAUUGUGAGGCGAUACAGUGACUUCGACUUGCUUAAUAAUAGCUUGCAGAUCUCAUCUCUAAGUCUACCUCUUCCUCCAAAAAAAUUGAUUGGAAACAUGGAGCGUGAAUUCAUAGCAGAGAGACAGAAAGGACUCCAGGCCUAUCUCGAUGUGAUUACUUCCCAUCACAUACUGUCUAACUGUGAACUGGUAAAAAAGUUCUUGGAUCCAAACAGCUAUUCUGUAAAUUACACUGAAAUUGCCUUACAGCAUGUUUCAAUGUUCUUCCGAUCAGAGCCAAAGUGGGAGGUGGUAGAACCAUUAAAAGAUAUAGGUUGGCGAAUACGUAAGAAAUAUUUUUUAAUGAAGAUAAAGAAUCAACCAAAGGAACGGCUAAUGUUAAGCUGGGCUGAUCUUGGCCCUGAUAAAUACUUGUCUGACAAAGACUUACAGUAUGCUGUGAAACUUCUUUCUUCCUGUUCUCAUCCCUAUAUUUACAAAGUCACUUUUGCCACUGCCAGUGAAUCUUCAGCACUGGUUAUAAGACCAUUCAAUGAAAAAGGGACGCUAAAGGACCUUAUUUAUAAGGCCAGACCAAAAGAUCCCUUCCUGAAGAAGUAUUGCAAUCCUAAGAAAAUUCAAGGUCUUGAACUUCAGCAGAUAAAGACAUAUGGAAGACAAAUACUAGAGGUAUUAAAAUUCUUGCAUGAGAAGGGAUUUCCGUAUGGCCAUCUUCACUCUGCCAAUGUAGUGUUGGAUGGGGACACGUGCAAGUUACUGGAUCUAGAAAAUUCCUUGUUGGGACUUCCAUCAUUUUAUCGAUCGUACUUUUCACAGUUUCGAAAAAUUAAUACUUUAGAAGGCAUUGAUGUACAUUGCUUUGGGCACUUACUGUAUGAAAUGACAUAUGGAAGACCCCCAGAUACAAUUCCAGUAGACAGUUUCCCUCCUGCACCAUCAAUGUCUGUUGUGUCUGUGUUGGAAUCCAUUCUGACUUGUGAAGCUAUGAAGAAUGGCAUGCCAACUGUUUCACGGCUCUUACAGAUGCCAUUAUUCAGUGAUGUCCUGCUAACAAACUCUGAGAAACCACAGUUUAAGAUUCCUACAAAGCUAAAAGAAGCACUGAAAACGUCCAAGGAAUGCAUAGAAAAAAGAUUAACAGAAGAACAGAAAUUGAUUCACCAGCACAGAAGACUGACAAGAGCUCAGUCUCAUCAUGGCUCCGAAGAAGAAAAAAAGAAAAGGAAAAUCUUAGCAAGAAAGAAGUCAAAACGCUCUGCGUAUGAAAGUGCGGAAGAACACUCAGCAAAAUACAGCAACUCAAAUAACUCAGCAGGCUCUGGGGCGAGUUCCCCAUUAACAUCUCCAUCAUCCCCCACUCCGCCCUCUACAGCAGGAGCAUCGUCGAUACCCCCAGCACCACCACCGCCACCCCUGCCACCAGCAGCUCCUCCUCCAAAUACAGAGGUGCCAACACAGCCAAGCUCACAGCCUGCCGUCAGUGCAAGCCGAGGAGCCUUACUCAGCUCCAUUCAAAACUUUCAGAAAGGAACUCUGAAGAAAACACACACGUGUGACUACAGUGCUCCCAGGAUCAGCUGAGGCUACCGGUUACAUCAGGAUUGAAUUCCCCCUCCCGCUCCUGUGCUGUCCAGGAACAAGACCCUUCUGAUCAGCAACUGAUUCACCAGCGCGUAUAGCAGCUAGUCAUGCAGUAGCUCCCUUUUACCUCUAUUUCAGCUUUACACAAGUAGCAGCACUACCCCAUCUGGUUUGCAUUGCCAUGCUAAGUACUCCAUUCUUUACUUGGUUUCAAGAAUUUUGUUUUCUAGCGGCAGUUUCGGGUACAGCAACUUCUACGUGGCUGAAUAAAACUGAGAAUAGGAAUGACCAUCAUCAAGGUGAAUUAAUGCAUUUUUUUAGUUAUAUUCUUCUUCACUUUUUUUUUUUUUUGGUCAAAUUACAAGAAUCUACUUCUAACCUGCCCUUUUUCAACACUAGUCAUCCAGCAGUAACUCAUUUAACUUACUGCAUUGACUCAGCAUAUUUUGUUUGAGAUAAUCCAAAAAGAACCCAGCCAAACCCCAAAAACAACCAACAAAACCCAUAAAACAUACUGCACAGGUGAGGGAACUGGAGAAUUAAAUCUUAUUCCCACCAUUUUUGCUGAUGGACAAAUAUAGUGUAUCAGACUUGUUUAAAUGGACAUCUUCCCUGCAACUCUAAGGGAACGUGUUUUUUAAAUAAGGAAAUAGUUGAAAUGGGAGUUAAUAGGGCACUGGGAUAUUAUUCAUGAUUUAGUUAAAUGCAAACUUACUUCAAGUUAAUUUUACAGCUUAUUCUUUAUUGAAAGAUCAUUUUUUGAUUUGAUUAAAACCUUAAACAAAUUGCACUUUAAAGGAUUAUAGAUAAUCCAUUUUUUUAAAUUCAAGUACAUCCGUGUUUGUAACUAUGCAGAGAAUGUCUGUACAGUUUCAUGUAACCUGUGAUAUUCAGUCAUUUUUAUUAAAAUGUUCAUGGAGUUCC